UUUGAGAAUUUCACAGAUUUUAAAAAAGGCUCAACGUUCAACAACAAGGAAAUUAAUACUACAAAACAAUCAUUAGGACUCAAUAAACAUGAAUUAUACAACAAAUACAAUAAUGACAUAAUUCAAGAAAAUUCAAGUAUAUAUAAAACACAAAGAGAAAAAAAUGACAGAAUAAAUCAAAUCAAUGAACAAGAAAAGAGCCAAUUUAGCAAUAUACUUGAAAAACAAGAAUCACGAUUUCAUGAAAUACUUAAUAAAUGUGAAGAAUUACUAAACAGUUUAAAUAUUGAUAAUAAACAUGAACAAUUUUGUAAAAAAGGAAUGCAUAAUAUCAAUGAACUAAAUACUGUAAAAAAAAAAGUUGAACAAUCAAUUAAAGAGAGUAAAGAUUCUCUGAAAUCAAGUGGUUACAAUGAACAUAAACUUAGUGAAUUAUUAGCAACUUGUUUGAAACAUACAGAUGAAUGGUUAAAAGUUAUGCAAAAAAUUAAAAAAGAUAUUGAAGUAAAUAAACUAUAUAAAUGCUCUAGUAAUUCAUUUUGCAAUUCAAGUAUUCAAUCUGAAAAUGACUUUGAACGACCAACUAUUAUAGUAAAGGAAAUUAAAAAAAAACUUAAUGAGUUAAUAGAAUAUAUAACUAAUAUGAAUAAUAAGGUUAAGAAUAACAAAUCUAAACGCUCACGAGAAAUAUCAACACUAAAGAAUGCGAGUUGCAUGUUGAGCAAAGUAUGUGACAUAAUUGCUAAGAAAAUAGGCGAUGACAGAUGAAGUUGUUUAAUUAAAAUAUUUAUAUAUAUAUUGUAUACAUUGAUCAAAAAAAUUUUUUUUGACAAAAUAUCCACAUAAAAAAUCAUUUCAAUGAUCUUAUAGAUAUUGGAUUUAUUAAUUUUAUUGUUCAUAAAACACAUUAUUAAUCUUUUGUAUUUAAAAAUAAAUUCAAUAAUAUACAUUUGUACCUAUAACAUUGAAUGCUUUUUAUAAAUUUUAAUUUUUAAUAGACAUUUUUCGUUUAAUAUUCAAAGAAAUAAGAUUCAUACUUCAAACACAUUAUAAUAUAUUAGUUGAAUUUAUCGCUAAUGAUAAAAAUGCAGUUUUCUGUAAUUCAAAAGUUGAACCACUUAUACUUAAACACAGAAUGUCGUUACAUUUCUUGCCUAUGAGCAUUAAAACA